AUGGUCGACGAUAGAGGAGACCACCACUUUCUACUUAGUAGCAAUGUUCCGAGGACAUUAGAGGGGGCAACAAUUUUGAGGCCUGAAAUAGUGGAGAAGUCCCUAGUUUCAGCAUCCGUAUCAGCCACAAAAUCAGUAGAGGCGCCCAAGAGUAGGUAUUUCUAUGGACCUAAAGAAUUUGAUGCAAUGUUGAAGUUGGAUCCGCCUAUAUUUGUGACAGAAGUGCGAGGUUUCUUGGGGAUGGCUAGACAUUACAAGAAAUUCAUAAAGGAUUUUGCAAAGAUUGCAGGACCACUUACUAGACUGACUAGGAAAGAGGUCAAGUUUGUAUGGAUUCAGGAGUGUCAAGCAGUAUUAGAUGGGUUGAAGAAGAAGUUCACGAUAGCUCUAGUUUUGAUAAUUUCGAAUGAGUCAGGAGGAUUUGUAGUGCACACAGAUGUUUCCGGGUCACAUUUAGGCUUUGUUCUGAUGCAACAUGUGAAGGUAGAAAUAGGGCCUUAG